AGCGCCUGAGAGGUUACAACUGGCCCUCUCAAUCCAGUCGCGCACAGCUACCGUGACCUGCGCCGCUCACACAGGGAGGUACACACAUCUCUCACACAGAUCAGAACAGCGCUCACACCCAGGCACACACGCUUUUACACUCACAGAGGUGGACUUGCACUCGUUUCCACACUCACGGAGAAUCACACAGAGACACAGAGAAUCACACACACAUUGACAGUCUCAGACAUUCAAACACACACAUAUCCAUACUUCUAGAGCACUUCUAGACCUGUGCUCAGGUAUACACAUACACUAGGGCUUGGCUGGCUCUUGCACAACUGUGCUCACAGACCCAGACAAGAUGGAGGAUACCAUGAUGCUUGGAGUGGAGGGGAUCAAAAAGACCAUCCUAUAUGGUGGCAACGGCGAAAUUCCUAAACUCAUCACUGGAACCAAGGUGACGUUUCACUUCCGCACAAUGCUGUGUGAUGACGAGCGCACAGUGAUUGAUGACAGUAAGAAGGUGGGCAUGCCUAUGGAGAUCGUGAUGGGGAACAUGUUCAAGCUGGACGUCUGGGAGACGCUGCUCGCCUCCAUGAGGCUCCAAGAGGUGGCCGAGUUCUGGUGUGACAUCACGCACACUGGCGUGUAUCCCCUCUUGGCCAAGAGCCUUCGGCGCAUCGCUGAGGGCAAAGACCCGGUGGACUGGCAGAUCCACACCUGUGGCAUGGCCAACAUGUUUGCCUACAACUCUCUGGGUUAUGACGACCUGGACGAGCUGCAGAAAGAGCCAAAGCCCCUUUACUUUGUGCUGGAGCUACUCAAGGUGCAGCAGCCGAGUGAGUAUAACCGUGAGACCUGGGCCCUGAAUGAUAAGGAGAGGAUGAAGGCAGUGCCUCUGCUCCACGGCCAGGGCAACAAGUUCUACAAACAGGGACGCUAUGAAGAGGCUGUCAACAAGUACAAGGAGGCCAUAGUCUGCAUCAAAAAUGUACAAACAAAGGAGAAGGCAUGGGACGCACCAUGGAUGAAGCUAGAGAAGAUGGCUAACACGCUCACGCUAAACUACUGCCAGUGUUUACUGCGAACGGAGGAAUACUAUGAGGUCAUUGAGCAUACCAGCGACAUCAUCAACCAACACCCAGGCGUUAUGAAGGCCUUCUACUUGCGGGGCAAGGCACACAUCGAGGUGUGGAACGAGGCUGAGGCCCGGGCGGACCUCGAGCGGGUUCUGGACCUGGAGCCGGGCAUGAAGAAAGCCGUGACGAAGGACCUGGGAGUGCUGAGCAUGAGGAUGGAGGAGAAGAAUGAAGAGGAUCGCAAAAAGUACAAGGGCAUGUUCUGAACCACC